AUGUCCGAAGCCAGUGGGCAGAGGCCAAUGUCUGAAGGCUUCUGGUCCCUGCUGGGACGGGACAACGAUGCUGAGGAUGAGGUGCCCACAGAUGCAGAAACAUUGGAGGAGGACUGCCCCUUUGAUGAGGAGGAACGGCAGCUGCUUGAGCGAAGACGAGAGCUGAAGGCCCUGCUGCUGGCGUCGCGCCAACGUGCCGACGCCCUGGCAAGCGCCAUUGAUGCGCAGGUGGAUGAGGUCAUGUGCCAGGAGAAGCAUCGGAUGCACGUCAUCGAUGAGUUAUCGCAGCAUUGCAGCGACUUGCAGCAUGCGCAGGAGCAACGUCAACAGGAACUUCUGCAAGAGCUUGAAAAGCUCAACGCUGCCACACAGCAGUGCAGCGAAUGCGAGAACCGCUCGCAGUUCUUGGUGGAACGGAUCAUCACUCUGCUGGCCUGUAGCCCGUUGGAUGCCGAGCACGUGGGCGUGUUGAAGGCCAAACACCGGGCAGAACGGGAGAUGCUCAGACAGUUUGAAGACAUCCGGCAGCAAUACGAUGAGGUCAGGCAGCAGAAUGUGGAAUUGACCAGCCGAUUGUUGGAAGAGUCCUCCUUUUCGCGCCGGCUGUCGGAUCAGCUGGCGGAGGCGGAGGAGCGCUUCAACCGCUGCACGCCGCAGGAUGGUUCCCUCCAGUCGAGCUCCACGAGCCAAGGUGCGAUGCCAGAGGCUUCAAAUGCAAGUAGUGCCACGUCCACGUCCACGUCCACGUCCGGCACGUCCGGCACCUUGCACCUGGCGCUGCCGCGCUGCGAGGUGGAAGGCGACUCAAGACGAGAGGAGCCAGGCCCAGUGGGCUGGACGCCCCCUGCGCCACGCAGCGCCCGCGCGCGACGGCCGGUGGGGGCGCUGGGCGUGCUGGCGGAAGCGGAAGGCGGCGCCGGCGGGGCCGGCGGGGCAGGGCAUCAUCUCGGUGGUACCUUUCAUGUUGUUUGGUUGCGUACCUUUCUGCCGCAAAACCUGUGGAAGUUCUUGUGGAUGCCACUGGACAAUUUGAGCCAGGAUUGCAUUCAUGUGUCCUUGGUUGAUGAGGAUUUCCCCAUUGCUGUGGUGUGGCAAAAGCCCAAGUGUUGGCAUUCCCCAGCGAUUAACGCAUUAAAGCAGGUUAUCCGCUAUUUCUUCCCCAAAAAAGCACCCACUCUUCGACAGGUCAGUGAUCAAGUGGCACUGGGGACCGCCUGCCAAUGUGGUGGCACUAAAUGCGAAAAGUCGAUGCUUGGCCAUUGCUUGGACGACUUGAGGCGGGCAAAUCUUUGGGUCCCACGUUGCGAGGCCUUGGAAGAAGAUGGAACGCCUAGCUGUGAGGAGAUGUCCAGGCAAGAUCCCUCUCUACUGGACCUCUAUGGCAUUAGCAAAAAUGGGCCAGGGGAUGGCAAGGACGCUGGUGCCAUCAACGGACGCGAGUUGAAAUUCUAUAAGAAAUCGGCAAACAGCGGCCUCAGGUUCUUCUAUUCUGACAAUUUCCGCGUCUAUGGUUCGCAUUCUGCAUCCCGUUGGGAACUGAAAAUCGAUGGAGCGACGUGUCCCAGUGGGAAAAUGGCGCAAGAUCUCCACGUCCAGCCCGGGAUGAAUCCCCAUCGUGGCAUGCCAGAAAUUUACGGAGUCAGGGGCAUGACUCCUGCAAUUUUCGGGGUGAACCUACGAAUUGAAGCAUAUAUCUAUAUGCAAGCAUGUAUGUAUGUAUGUAUAUAUAUAUGGUGGUUGAUCUAA